AUGGCACCCAACCUCAAAUCCUUCUUCCAGAAUGUGGACGAUAACGCCGAGACCUUCAUCGAGCGUCUGCGAAAAGCGGUGGCCAUCCCCUCAAUCAGCGCCGAAGAUGAGCGCAGAGCAGACGUUGUUCGGAUGGGCAUGUUCCUCAAAGGAGAGCUGGACAGAUUAGGAGCAUCUACAGAGGCGCGCCCAUUAGGCAAGCAGCCCGGCAAGGAACACCUUGAACUACCACCUGCGAUCAUCGGAAGGUACCCGGCAAAGAAGGACGACAGCAAGAGGACGAUAUUGGUAUAUGGACACUACGAUGUCCAGCCGGCUAACAAGUCAGAUGGCUGGGAGACCGAGCCCUUCAAGUUGAGCGUGGAUGACAAGGGGCGGAUGUACGGACGGGGCAGCACAGAUGACAAGGGCCCAGUGCUUGGAUGGGUGAAUGUCAUCGAGUCACACCAAAAAGCCGAGAUCGACUUCCCAGUCAACCUGCUUAUGUGCUUCGAGGGUAUGGAGGAGUAUGGCUCGGAGGGAUUGGACGACUUCAUCAUCGCUGAGUGCAAGCCCGGAAAGUACUUCGCGGACGUCGACGCAACUUGUAUCAGCGACAACUACUGGCUCGGGACGGAGAAGCCGUGCUUGACGUACGGCCUGCGAGGUUGCAGCUACUACAGCAUCCAGGUCUCGGGGCCUGGUCAGGACCUCCACUCGGGUGUCUUCGGUGGUACUGCGCAGGAGCCCAUGACUGAUCUCGUCCGAGUCAUGGCAAGCUUGGUGGACGGCGAUGGCAACAUUUUGAUCCCGGGCAUCAUGGACGAUGUAGCAAAAGUUACGCCGGACGAAGAGAGCCGGUACAAAGACAUCGCCUUCACUAUGGACAACCUAUACGAGAGUCUAGGAAGCAAGACCGGCAUCUUCCCAGACAAGGAGCGCACACUCAUGGGCCGAUGGCGCUAUCCUUCCCUCUCACUCCACGGUGUCGAAGGCGCCUUCUCGGCACCUGGUGCGAAGACCGUCAUCCCUGCCAAAGUCAUCGGCAAAUUCUCUAUCCGCACCGUCCCAGACAUGAAACCUGAAAAGGUCGACGAGCUCGUCUACGCACACGUCGACAAAGUCUUCGAAUCCCUCAAGUCCAAGAAUACCAUGAAGUGCCACCUCCAGCACAGCGGAAAAUGGUGGGUUGCGAGCCCAGACCACUGGAACUUCACCGCUGCCGCGAAGGCUGUGGAGGAUGUAUGGAAGGUGAAGCCGGAUCUGACGAGAGAGGGAGGGUCCAUCCCGGUCACCUUGACGUUUGAGCAAGCGACAGGGAAAAAUGUGCUGCUGCUGCCCAUGGGGAGUAGUACAGAUGCAGCGCACUCAGUGAACGAGAAGCUGGAUCGGAAGAACUACAUUGAGGGGAUCAAGCUGCUGGGAGCGUAUUUGCAUUAUGUGGCGGAAGAGCCUAUGAAGGAAUGA